AAAUUGUUUAUUUCUCCUUGUUGGGCCUUUCUGACAGGUAACAGCGAGCAACCUGAGCAGCGGCAUCCAACACCGGAGCACGGGACAGCUGUGGCGUGACGUCGCUAGGGGCGGGGCUGUCAUGGCGGCGGAGACGGCUGCUGAGGAACCGAUGCGGUCCGGUUGAGCCCCGAGCGAUUGCCGGUCAUGGAGAGUCCGGUGGCGGCAAGUGCGGGGAACGGGGCGGCGAAGGCCUCCGAGCCCCCGGUGCAGACAGCUGUCUCGGAAGAUGACAGCGCCCAGCUCCGGGUAGCAUCCUCUCCACACUCUGAGGAGGCCGGGAGAGAGAAGAGCUCCGCCGAGGAGGCGAGCAGCAGCGGCCGCAGUAUUCCCGGCGCCUCGCACAGCCUGGACUCCCUGGACUCCUUCUCCAACCUCCUCUCCUGUCCCAGCUCCCCGGAGGACACGCUGCUUCCCGAGGGACCGGAGGAGGGACUGGCGGCCAGGGACCGCUACCCGGGACAGUCCGUCUAUCACAUCAAAUGGAUCCGCUGGAAGGAGCAGAGCACCCCCAUCGUCACCCAGAACGAGAACGGGCCCUGCCCGCUGCUGGCCAUCAUGAACGUCCUACUGCUGGCCUGGAAGGUGAAAUUACCCCCCAUGAUAGAAAUGAUCACUGUAGAACAACUUAUGGAGUAUCUGGGAGAUUAUAUUUUAGAGGCAAAACCUAAAGAGAUUUCUGAAAUUCAGCGUCUGAACUAUGAGCAGAAUAUGAGUGAUGCCAUGGCUAUUCUACAUAAAUUACAGACUGGUCUUGAUGUCAAUGUGAAGUUCACUGGAGUGAGGGUUUUUGAAUACACUCCUGAAUGCAUUGUGUUUGAUCUUCUUGAUAUACCACUUUACCAUGGCUGGCUAGUGGAUCCAGAGAUUUCUGAAGUUGUAAAGGCAGUCAGUAACUGCAGCUACAACCAGUUGGUAGAGAAGAUUAUUUCAUGCAAGCAGUCAGACAACAGUGAGCUGGUUAGUGAAGGCUAUGUAGCUGAACAGUUUUUAAAUGGCACAGCCACACAGCUGACUUUCCACGGGCUAAGUGAGCUGACGUCAACCCUUCAGGAGGGAGAGCUAUGUGUAUUCUUCAGGAACAAUCAUUUUAGCACUAUGACCAAAUAUAAGGGACUGCUGUACUUGCUUGUCACGGACCAAGGAUUUCUUACAGAAGAGAACAUUGUCUGGGAAAGUCUACACAAUGUGGAUGGAGAUGGAAACUUUUGUGAUUCAGAUUUCCACUUAAGACCUCCAACUGAUCCAGAGACGGUUUACCAAGGGCAGCAAGAUCAAAUUGAUCAGGAUUAUCUGAUGGCACUAUCACUACAACAGGAGCAGCAGAACCAAGAUAUAGACUGGGAGCAAAUACCAGAAGGCAUCAGUGACCUGGAGCUGGCCAAAAAACUUCAGGAGGAAGAGGAUAGGAGAGCCUCACAGUAUUAUCAGGAACAGGAGCAGGCAGCGGUUUCUGCUCCCCCACAGCCGGGACAGCAGUCUCAAGCAAGCGCCAGUCCGUCCAGUGGGCGAUCACCAGGAAGCGGUGAAAAAAAGAAAAAAGAGUCCAAAGAGAAGGAAAAAGAAAAGAACACGUGUACACUAUUGUAAUGGAGCUUAUUGGCUAUUUAGCAAUAUGUCAUGAAAGUGGGUCCAGGAAAAAGGAAACAACGGUUAUAAGCCAUCUGUGCCUGAACACCCCCUGCCGUGCUUCAAGUUUGUUAGGGGGGAUUUGUUACAGACUUGGUACACUCAUUACUUUUUUUUUCAUUUGGAGUAGUGUGGUGAAACCAUGUGUCCGUGUUACAAGGUGUGGAGCAAAAGCACCAAGUGCAUCAUUUACGUUAGGUUUUUUGUAUCUGUUUGGCUUUCUUGAUAUUAAGCCAUAAUAAAUUAUCCCAACAUUUUCUACCCAUGGGAAAGAAGAAUGUUUACCAUUCUGGACAUAGGAAAAUGUUCUGAAUAAUAAACGGCAGAUUGUUGAAGGAAAUUGAGAGUAAAAAGCAUGCCCCAUCAUGCUUUGUGUCUUCAAGUGCUGGCCUUACUUCCUCUUAUCCUGGGACUUGCACUUUUUUUUCCCCCACAAGUUUCAAUGAUGCCCGUCUUAUGUAUUUGCCCCUGUAAAUAUAGAUCCAGUUAGACUUUUACUCAGUGUAAUUAAGGGAAUAUUUACUAUUUCACUGUGUCAUAACCUGGGCAUUGUACCCAAAAUAUCAGGUUUGAAUAUUUUGUGACAGAGUACUCUCUUUUUUAAUAUUUAGGACCAGUCUUUUUGUAUACAAUGUUCUGUAUGUGAUAAAUUGGUAGUAUAAGGAGCUGACGAUGUGUCUAGUAAAUAAGGUUAACUAAGGUGAACACCGUUUAAUCCAACAAAUGAGACUGUUAAAUACUGCAAUAAGCACCACUUGGUGUUUGCAGCUCUGAUCGACACAUUUUAACGAUGAAGACUAAACAAAGCUGUUUUACUUGUGUUUGACUUGUUAUACUGGUUCUGUAAGGCUGCAAGAGUGUUUGAAUGAAGAAUGUUGGUAUGUAUUUAUAUUGGCUGUAAAGUUAAUGUGGUCUUAUUCUAUAUGUUUUAUGACUGUAGACAAUCAAUGUCUGCUCCAGUUAUCCACUUGGUUUUUGUGUUUUCAUACACUACUACUAUAGACUAGUUACAGGUAGCUGUCUAGAUGAGUUGUGGAAAUAUGGCUGAAGGUCAAGUCCACCUAUACCUAAUUUUGUAAUUGCUGGUUUUAGUCACUGGCUUCAGGUAUCUUUUGGAUAAUCUCAACAUACCUGUUAUUAACGAUCACUUCAAGCCCUGACGCAAGAGCAUUGCACUCCUAUGUAUGUGUACUCCAUAAUUCAAAUAGGAUAUUAAUCACAAAUGUCUCUCAGGCAGAGUCCCAGAAAUAUAGACAAAGCCAAAAUAUCAGCUUUUAAAUGGACUUACCUUAUAAGAAGAUGCUGUACUAGACUGUACCAAAGUAGGUCAUUGCUUGUGAUUGGUGUAUUUACAUAUAACUUGUAAGAAUUACAUGCAUUUUUUUUUCACCCCAAGAAGAAAUCUUGAACACAAGAUAUCCCCCAAUAAAUGGCUAUUUAUGUAGCAGAUUAGAAAAUCAUGCCUUAUUCUGCUUUCUACAAAACUAACCACUAGUCACUUGUUGGGCAAGCAAAUGGGCAAUAAAAAAUUCAGACUAGAA